AUGAGAACAUUUGGCUCCAAUUAGAAGGAUAGUUGGCAGAGAUAAACUAACAGAGCCUUUUUUUUUUUUUUUUUUUAAACCAAAGACUUUACUUCUUCAGUCUGGAGAGAGUGAGAGAGGAAAUCUGAAAUAGGCAGAAGAAGUAGACAGAAACUCAGCUUAGAUAAUGCUCAGGAGACCAACUACCAGAGGCAACAAUAUUGCAAGAAAAUCAACGUUCUAGAGUGAGAUCACUGUGUAGACAAAAGGAAAAAAGAGGUUUGAUAAGGGUAACGUGCAGAGAGAUGCAGAAGAUGUAAGGCAGAGUUGCCAAGAGACAAAAGCCACAGGGACAAAAAAAAAACCCUCCCAAUGUGUAGCUAAAAGGGCUGAGAAUUAAGCAGAACAGUGAUGGUGGAAUCCAGUUAUCACUUUACUGACUGAUUGCGAGAUAAAAGCCUGAAUACUGUGGAGGGGGGUAUUUUGCCUCGAGGUGAAGUUUUGCUCUCAGAGUGUUUUUGGGAAUACACAAUGGACCUCCACGGACAUGGAAACACAAAUUCUAGGUGUGCAAAUGGAGCCUUGCUUUUCCUUGGACUGUUGGCUGGGGUGGUUUUGGUGACUGGACUUUUCACCCCUCCUGCCUCACCAUCCAGCAGAACACAGGUAGAGUCUACGGUGGCUUCAAUAUCUGCUCUUAAACUGCCCCACCACCUGAGGUCGAAGCGUUACACGUUGACUCCGGGUCUGCUAAAGUGGGACCACUUCAACCUAACCUACAGAAUUGUGUCAUUCCCAAGGAAUUUGAUCAAUGAAAGUGACACCAAAAAGGGCAUAGCUGCAGCGUUCCGCAUGUGGAGCGAAGUGUCAGCAUUUCAUUUCAAGGAAGUUCCUGCAGACGAAGAAAGUGAUCUGAAGAUUGGAUUCUAUGGCAUUAAUCAUACAGAUUGCUUGGAAUCGCGGAUCCAUCACUGUUUCGAUGGAACCACAGGAGAACUUGCACAUGCUUAUUUCCCCCAAACAGGAGAAAUUCACUUUGAUGACAGUGAAUACUGGAUUUUGGGAAAUACUAGAUUUAGCUGGAAGAAAGUUGUGUGGCUGACUGAUCUGGUCCAUGUGGCAGCCCAUGAGAUCGGACAUUCCCUGGGGCUCAUGCACUCUCUCAAUAAGAACGCCCUGAUGCACAUCAAUGCUACACUAACUGGAAAAAAAGUCAUCUAUCAGGACGACGUAUGGGGAAUCUACAGUUUGUACGGCUGCAGAGACAGGUACUUAGUAUGUGCUUCGUGGGCUUUGAAAGGCUACUGUGAAUCCAGGAGGCGUCCUAUGAAAAAAUAUUGCCCUUAUAGCUGUGAUUUCUGUUAUGAUUUUCCAUUUCCAACCAAAAUGCCCACACCUGCUCCACCCCGAACGAAAGUACGAAUGGUUCCCGAAGGUCGAAAUGUUACCUUUAGAUGUGGGAAAAAAAUUAUACAUAAAAAAGGCAAAGUUUACUGGUACAAAGACAAAGAGCUCCUCGAGUACUCCUAUCCUGGAUAUCUCUCUCUCAAUGAUGACCACAUGAGUAUAAUCGCCAAUGCCAUUAAUGAGGGUCUCUACACCUGCAUUGUGAAGAAACGGGAUCGAGUACUCACAACUUAUUCCUGGAGCAUACGAGUGCAGGAAACGUAGGAUUGUGUUCUCCAUGCUCACAGCCUGCCCAAUUAAAUGUCAACUGGUUGGUAGGAUGCUGACAACAUACAUCAGAUACGUCCAGAUGUGCAUGGACAGGAGAGUUCCUUAAUGAAACUGGUCAUGUACAGCAGCUGCUCAAAGCCUAAAGAAUCAACUCUUUCCAAGUAUCAAGUCUGCACUUGAUACAUCUCCAAGCCCGUCCUUGAUACAUUUUAGUCAUUAAUUAGCAGCACUCUUGGUUCUGAUGGCAUUCUUUAAUUAAACAAAACAGAAAAAAUAAAUAAAAAUAAAGCUUUUGCACAUUAA